GUCGGGGCUUCUAGCUGGUGAAGGCCCGGGGGCAGAGAGAAGGACCGCGGGACUGACGGGCAGAGGCACACACAGUUAGCGCAGGACGAUGGUGGCGGAGGAGGUGGUUGUUACUCUGUCCGGUGGUGCUCCGUGGGGUUUCCGGCUGCAGGGGGGCGCAGAGCAGAAGAAGCCACUUCAGGUGGCCAAGGUGAGGAAGCGCAGUAAGGCGUGUCGGGCAGGACUCCGCGAGGGCGAUGAGCUCGUGUCCAUCAACGAGAGGCGCUGUGCUGUGCUGUCUCACGCUCAAGCCAUGAAUCUUAUCGACAGCUGCCCAGGGACGCUCCACAUUGGGAUCAAGAGGGCCCCAGCAGGGUUGCAGUCUGUGGUGCUGCUGAACCGGGCCCCAUCUCCCUGCAUUGACAAAGAAUACAGGGCCACCCUGCGUGCCCUUUCCCCGCCUGGCAGCGGUGAUAUUCACCGCGGGGCCACGAUGUCCCCCACGGGACUGGAGUGGCUGACCUCCCCUCCAGAGAGCGAGGCCUAUUAUGGCGAGACGGACAGUGACGCAGACAUGAUCCACGAUGUGCAGCGGCGGCACAAACGCCGCAGCCCCAACGGCGGACCCGUCUCAGAGUGUACGAGCGGGUAUGGCAACGCGGGAUGGCGGGACAACCUUCCUGGUGUCGCUCGCAGGGAGGUGGUCUACCGUCCCCCCGAAGGGAUCGAAAAUGGGGUCGACGAUUCCUGCACCAGUGCCGACGAGCAGGGUCCUCUUGACAGGCCUGGGACCCACGAGGCGGACAGCGGGUUCCAGGAGUCCCUUAGCCUGCCCCCGCUGGUUCCUCCCCAGCGGGCCCUUGAGGCCCUGUCGUUGGUGUCCGGGAGCCAGCUGGUGCCCAUGGUGGGGCCUGUGGACAAGCCAGUAGACGAGGAACUAACCACCACCUACAAGGACAAAGCCAGACAGGCCAAGCUUCACCGUGGUGAGAGUGUCCAGGAGAAGCAAGUGAAGGAGGCACGCAGUAAGUGCCGCACUAUCGCGUCGCUGCUGACGGAUGCACCCAACCCCCACUCCAAGGGUGUGCUUAUGUUCAAAAAGCGGCGGCAACGUGCGAAGAAGUACACACUCACCUGCUUUGGCAGUGUCAACGGCGACCUGCAUCGGAGCACAGACGAAGAGGAGGAGGAAAACGGUAUCUUCCCUGGCAGCGAGUCUGAGAUAGAUGAGGACGGCUUUACUUCUGCGCCAGAAUCUGCCUGGGACAGCGAUUACUUGGAUGUUCUCGAGAGGAAGACCCCAGUCUGGGACAUGGAGGGAGACAGUCCGGGCUUGAGUGCCACAGCAGGGAAAGGAGCCCAGCUCUUUGAGCAGCAGAGGAAGAGAACGGAGGAGCAUAUCAGCAUGGCAGGGGUUGUGCCUGAGCAGCCCUCAAAGGAACUUCCAAAAUCCACUACCCCUGUCACCCCUGUUAUAGAGAUCACUCCUGUCACCCCGCUCACUCCUGUUAUGGAGACCACUCCCGUCACACCCAUCACCUCCUCAGACUUUGGUUCAAUGAACGGGGACUUUGGUUCUGUUGGCAAGACGAGUUUGAUGAUAUCUCCCAAAGUCGUGGUGUCAACAAGCCCGACACCACUGACUCCAGCCCAGCCAACUGAGCUGCCUUCAGGUUUGGUGCAGAACAGGACUGCUAGGCCAUUUGCACCUGGCUUUGUCAGUCACCGAGCUUCCACUGCACCGGUUGUCUUCCGAGUAAAUGGAGUUAAGAGUCUUCCCUCCAAACCCAUGUCAGAGAUAGAGAAGGCACCACCCUCUUCCACCUCUUCCCCCUCCAAGGGAGAUGUAAAGCGAGCUGUAUCAGUGACCUCUCUCUACAUCCCGGCCAGAUCAUCUGCUUACAGCGCUCCGCCAAACGUGUUAUCCCCUCCACCCUCCGUGGCUGCUACGCCACCCAUGCCCUUCUCACCGACUUCUACACCUGCAGCCACCUUCUUCCCACCAGCUGUUCCAUACUGUCCACCUACCAUGCCCGUCACAACCUUCUCUACCCCAAGCACGCCCUAUUCUUCACCUGCAUUGGCUUCCACUGUGUUUGUUAGCCCUACCACACCCUAUUCCCCAUCUACCAUGCCCAGCACUCCUUUCUCUCCCCCAACAACACCUUUUUCUCCUUCCACUAUGCCUGCCACACCUCUCUCUGCAAAUCCAUCUGCUUACCCUUCUAGCCUGUCCUCCGUCUCUGUAAAUUCUCCACGGUCAGUCCAAAAGGUAUCUUCAAGUCCAUACAUCGCAAUGUCCACCACACCUCUGGCUCCUGCCACGACAUCCCAACCAAUCCAGCUAAAUCCUACAGCAAUUUCCAUGGAAUCCCUGGCCUCUAGAGAACAACGCAUUUCUGUGCCUGCUGCACGCACGGGCAUCCUGCAGGAGGCACGCCGUCGCAGCUCAAAGAAGCCCAUGUUCAAGUCCCCCGAGGAGAAGAAGAUCAGCUCCCCUAAUCCAGAGUUGCUGUCGCUUGUCCAGAACCUGGAUGGACGACGCCAAGAGAUGGGCUUUGAGUCUGGGCCAGAAGAAGACCUCCUUAACCUGGGGGCAGAAGCCUGCAAUUUCAUGCAGGCACAGAGGAGCAAACUCCCACCACCACCAGUUGCCCCCAAACCACAUGUGGUGCGUGAGACUCCCAUGGUCCCCCAGAUGGGGGGUAAAGGUGCUGAGCUAUUUGCACGCCGGCAGAGCCGCAUGGACAAGUAUGUGGUGGACAGUCCAGCUGCACAGCCUGCACAUCCCAUUUCUCCUAGGGAAGCUCGCCUGCCCUCUCCCACCCCCUCCCUCCCUGCACACUGGAAAUACUCUCCGAACAUUCGUGCACCUCCUCCCAUUAACUACAACCCUCUGCUGUCCCCGUCAUGUCCACCUACAGCACAGCGUGGGAUGAAGGCUGCUGAAUCUGCCCGGAGUGGAAGGAAGAGCGGCUCACAAAAACCAGGAAUAAAAGCCACGGAUGUCUUGAACCAUCAGCCCUACCAGCUGAACUCUUCACUCUUUGCCUAUGGAGGCGGGAUUCCUCAACACCACGGAGCGCAGACAGUGGGUGAAACAUUGGCCUCACCCAAGCAAGUGCCCGUGAAAGCAGGCCGCGUCUGCGAGGUGAGACGCUUCUCAACGCCCACGCCCAUGUCUGCGCCCACUUUAAAACCCACGACAAUUGCACCUCGCUCUGCCACCACCUUGGGGGAGGCUUUUUGGCACACUGAUGAAGACCCAGUCAGAACCCCAUGCCUCCCUCCUCCCCCUGCUGCUAUCCAUAUUGCUAAUCUGCCAGAGCUGCCCAGGAUCUCCACUGCUCCGAUUCCUGAGCCUGCUUCCAUCCCAGCUGGGGGCCCUGGCUACACAGGGUUCCAGGGUGCCAAACAGUUCAAGAGUGCGCCAGAGCUGAGCCCUGUGACUGUGUCUGCUCGGGCACCCAGACCCAACUUCAGCACCUCCAGGAUGGGCAUCCAGGCCAAUGUGUGGAGGCCAGGAUCCAAGCUUUGCUGAAAGGAGACCGGGAGAGUCCCCACCUUUCUCCUGUCAAACAACUCCAUCUCUCCUGGCUCGUGUACAUCAGCUGCCAAAUCUGCCCCGUGUAAUAAUAUUUUCGUAAACAUGAGUGGAAACGGAGUAGCUAGUUUAAAUUGUAAGAAGCAUAAAUUACUGUGAACAAAACAGUUUCUGGCAUUAAUUAAUUCAUCUUAAAGGUUACAUAAUUACAAUAAUAAGCCUAUUAAGGCUAUUUUGGGUCCCUUGUUUAUAAGCAGUGUGCAAAACACAUGCAAAUAUAGUGUUCUUAUAUAAUAAACACCAUUUAAUUAUUAUGUAAGAACAUUGUGCUGGUUGAUGCCUGAAACUGCCUCAUAUUUAUGGCGCUAGAAAUUACUUUCAGAGUGUGAAGAUGAAUUAAUUGAAAAGGUCCCAAGACAGAUAUCAGGCCAGUAUUAUCUAUUACCCUUCCUUUUCCCCAUAACCAUUCAAGAACAAACUAGUAUGUGGUGUUUCUCAAGAAUCUCCAUUUUUCACGUGUGAUUAUAACCACUAGUGACACUCAUGGAAUUGCAUUAUGCAUUUUUGUGAUAUCCACAUUUUUUGCCCCUAAGGUGUAUUCUGCUCUAGCCUGUUUUGCUUUUUUGCAACUCCUUUAUUUCUGGCAUUUACUGCACUAUGACUGUUUUUUGGUUCAGCUGUAGGCACAACAAAAGCCAAAGUGCAUUACUUCAAAUUAUUACAGUCCAAAGUUCAGUCAUAGGUGGAUCUGAACUCAGUGCAAGUCCACAGUGAACUAUGGUUCUCAGCUGAGUGUCAAUGAAGGCAAGAAAAGAGAAAUGAACUUUUUGCAAGUCACCAGUUUGCUGCAGACUGAACCCAACAUAGGACUUGAGCUUCAUUGAGAAGAAUUGCUGAAAUACUGCAGCACAGAAAGGAAUAUGCCUUUCCAGUAUGCAUGGAACCAGCAAACUAUGGAUAGAAAAUGCAAAGUGAAAGUGUCCAUAAGUGGAGUGGGUGGACUGCAAGUCUUCGCUCAGUGGCUCGACCGAGUUUCCCUCUGGACAUUUAUACAUCAAAAGUAUUAUGAAUGGUUUUAAGGGAAAGGAAAACUGUAUGUGGCUCUCUUGAUGGCGAUACUGUUGUGUUCUGAUUUGUGUGUUUUUUUCCACAUAUUCAGGGGUCGCUAAGAUGGGAGACAUCCAACGGGUGUCUUAAUUUUCAAACUGCAGGCAAAACGGAGGAAAACAAAAAUAUUCGUAUUAAUAUUCAUAUUAUAUUAAUAGAAAACAUUAGU